AUGGUGUGUAUGGUAGAUGUCAUGCUCAGAGCCAGCACGGUUUCGUUGGUCCAAUGUGCGUUGAAUGAAGAGAACGAGGGAAAAAUAAGAGCCAAUCACGGACAUGGAGGCAAUGAGACAAUAAAUGCAGUUGACAAGAUGCAUAUAUUUUACAAGCUGGUCAAGAGCAUUGUCCAGAAGAGACUGAGAAAAUUCGAAUGUGAGCGGUUGCGUAGAUUGAUACUAACUUCAGAAGACUUUUUGGCCGAGGGUCAUGGAAGUAUUGAGAUUUGUGAACCGCCCACGGAAGCGCAAAGUCGUAUUGUAAAGAGUUUGGUUAGGGUGAUAUUCCAUCAGCUUGCCAUGGACGAUUCAUCUGAGGCAAUAAGCGAGGCUCAUGCUAACCUAAUAUUUUCACUUUUCAUAGUGAAGAUAACUAGCGACAUCUACGUUGAGAAUCCAGCUAUCAAUACAUGUUUGGGUACAACUCUUUGCAAUCUAAAGGAAAGGGUAACAAAUAUCUUGGAAGAAGAAGUGAACAAUGCUCAAACGGCACAACAUGUUGGCUCUCCGUCGAUGGAAGUGGGCGAACUCAAUGUUCAUCUUUUCUGUUGCUUGGAAGAUUUGCAGCAUCAGAACGACAAUAAGGUGCUGAUUGACGAUUUUGAUAAAAUUGAUCUUUAUAGUGACAACGAGAAUGCUAAUGAUGAGUGCCUCACCGAUGAAAACACACUGAUUUCAUCAAAAGUUAACGAUUCCUUAGAUUCCUCAGUUCGAAUUAGCAAACAAACACUAUCAUUGACAAAAGUUACGUUGCUUCCCUCAAAGGAAUUGGAAAACUGCUGGGAGUCCUUAUUUUUCGAUAAUGACAUUAAGCAAAAGAUGUUCAGCUACGCUACCAUAGCGCUGAAAGUUGCAACUUUGUCAAGAGAGAAAGCUAAUAGUAACAUUGAUUCAUCUAAUAUUUUUUCUAAUAAUAAGCUCUUGAUUGUCCAUGGCCCUCCAGGAACAGGAAAGACGACAGUUUGUAAGGCGUUGGUUCAGAAAUUGUCCAUAAGAAGGGAGUUCUCUUGUGGCACAAACCCUAUUGAUACUCGCCAUAAGGGAAUACUAGUUGAGAUCUCAUGUUCAAGAAUCUUUUCAAGGUGGUUCGGUGAAUCAUCAAAAAACCUGAGUAGCAUAUUUACAGAUGUUGAAAAUCUCUUGAAAUUGAACGAAAAUUCAUUCGUUUGUCUGCUAAUCGACGAAGUGGAGGCCAUAGCAAUUUCAAGAGACGAAUUACUCAACAAAAGUGAGUCCACAGAUGGGGUAAGGGUCGUGAGUACGCUAUUAACUCUACUGGAUCGAUUAAAAAAAUACAAUAAUCUGAUUGUCCUGGCAACGUCCAAUCUACUAAACUCUUUGGACCCAGCAUUCAUAGAUAGGGCUGAUGGUGUAUUUCAUAUUGGCAAUCCAUCAAAAGACGCAAUAAUUGAAAUUUUGACCUCUACCUUAAGAGAACUUAUGCGAAAAAAUAUCAUUUCGUGUCCCUUUAACGCCUUGUCACAAUUCAAGUACGAAGAGGUUAUUUCGCUAAUUGCUUCUAAAUGCCUGAGAUUUGACGUAAGUGGCAGAACCCUGCGUAAGCUACCAUUAAUUUGUCUCUCUGAGCACUUCCAGGCUUUGCCAAUGCAAUUGGACAAGUUUCUCAUAGCAUUGGCAUUAUCAGUUGCUAGUACAACAUAUAAGCACCACGUGUAA